AUGUCGGCAAAAUUGCCACCUUCCACACGCGUUCUCCAAUGCAGAGAUCUCCUGGUGGAGAUUUUCGGGCACCUCUCCCCAGAAUUGCUACCCCCCAGAACCGGCUUUCUUCGGCCCGGUCAACGUCAAAAUUUGCAUCGUGAUACCCUUGCAGCCUCCGCCCGUGUAUGCAAGGCCUUCUUGGACCCCGCUCUCGAUGUCCUUUGGCACACCCUCGACGACGUCUCCACUCUUCUAGAGCUGGUGCCUUCCUUUGAGACAUACGUGCGCGACUCCAAAUACCUCUCGAUGAUCGAACGAGCAAUAACACCUACAGAGUGGGAGCGCAUUUACAGUUGCGCUAAGCGCGUUCGUGAACUCCGAAGCACCGCCUAUAUUCGCAGAACUCACCCCUCGGUGUGGCUAGUCCUGGAGGACUUGUGCAAAGGCUCGCCUUUGUUCCCACGUCUUCGCCGGAUCGCGAUCAGUAUCGACUGCCAAGCACCGCACGGUGCCAUGUUCCUUUUGUCGCCGUCGCUCGAGACGGUCCAACUGUCGUUCCAUAGGCUAUACGACCCGGACCCCUCUGUUACGGUGGAAGGCCAGUGUGCAGCGGGCAUGCUCCUCGGACUCAUCUCUUCAAGAUUGCCUAAGCUCUCAUCUCUGACAAUCUCGGACGGCCUGCUUGACCUGGAACCUUCCCAUCUCGACUCUGUGGCGCGUUUCUCUCAGCUCCGGAUCCUUCACCUUCAGCAUUCGGGAGCUGUGGUGGAAAACUCGACUCUCCAACUCAUUUCCCGCCUGCCUGCCCUCCGCGUCGUCGAUUUCGCGCUUUGUCUGACGGAUGCGGAUGAAGACACCCCGCUUGUAUUCGGCGAUGCGUUCCGCGGAGUUCGCGAGGCAGGCUUCAAAGGAGAUCUCGAAGACCUGGUGCAGGUAUUCAAGGCGACGUCGUGGGAGAGCCUCACCAAGCUGUCUCUUGUCGGGAUGACCGGCACAUCGAGUGCAGACGAAAUGCGGGACGGCAUCGCCGCAAUAUGCUCGAAGCUUCCUCCAACCCUCCGCUCCGUCGUCUUGCAUCUCGACGAUGCUAUCCCCCGGCCCACCGUAUCCGUCCUUCACUUCUUUCAACCCCUCCUCUCUUUCUCUCAACUAAACUCCUUCAAGGCUGGGCUCCCCAAGUACAUCCCCAGCGUCUCCGACGAAGACCUAUGCGCGUUCGCCACCGCCUGGCCGCUACUCGAGGCCUUCUCGCUAACUCACAACAUGUCCAAGGUCGUACAAGUCGGCCCCCCUGACAUGGUCCCAGUAUACCACCCCACUGUUCUCGGGCUGCUCGCAUUCGCUCGACACUGCCCACGCCUCGAGGUCCUCACCCUCCCGGCUGUCAAUGUCUACACAUUGCCCUCGCCAAACUCGAUCCCCGCGAUCGGCCACACCACGCUGCGGCACCUGUUUGUCGACGAACUGUGCGGAGGGGACAGGGCUAACCUGCUCUGCCUCGCUGUCAUUCUCGACCUGCUCUUUCCGUCUCUCCAGGUCACGCGCGAAGUGCAGCUUCCGACGCAGCAGGCGCCCACAUACCACACCUACGAUGUGUUUGGGAUGCAGAAGAACAGGGACGCGUGGGAGCUGACGCGCAAACUCGUGGGUACCAUACAGGCGCGGCGUGAACACAAGGGUCCCGAAGAUGCCCAUCUGCUCGCCGAGCGACUCGCGACAUCUUAACGCCACCGUCGCUCAUGGGCUCGGGUUUGACAGGACACGGGACCGCACGGACUUGCGCAUGGCGAUAUCCAUACUUGGCGGUACGACGACACUCAGGAUAGGAUUCGAAUGUCUUGAUAGGGCAGUUCCGCUCCCCC